AUGGCCGUGACCAAUGCGCGCCCGGUGAACAUCUCCUCAUCCCUCCCCGCGCCGAAAUACACGGGCGAAGAGGAAUCCCUCCCCGUACACGCGCAAUCCACCGGCCCACGAGUCGUCGCGGCUCGAGACUUGGAAUCGGCACAACUCGUCGUCCAACGAUCAGGACCUCCCCCUCCCACAUAUGGCCAACGAUCGGGUUGGAGACCACGAAACGCCGAGGAUUUCGGAGAUGGAGGCGCUUUCCCCGAAAUUCCCGUCGCGCAAUAUCCUCUGGACAUGGGCAGGAAAAAUGCGCCCUCAUCCUCCAACGCUUUGGCCAUUCAGGUCGACGGCGAGGGGAAAGUGAAAUACGAUGCGAUUGCGAGACGGGGACACAAUGAGAAGCGGAUUGUACAUGCUUCCUUCAAGGACCUCAUUCCCUUGAGACAGCGGGCCGAUGUGGGCGAUAUUUCCCUGGAGAGACCGUCGGAGGAGGAGAUUGCCGCGAGUACGGAGAGGACGCAAAAGGCGCUGCAGGGCUUGGUGGCCGGGACUUUGGCCGCUCAGAAGCCGAAAAUGGUCAAGGGAACAACUACACGCCCCGAGCCUACAUUCGUGAGAUAUACCCCCGCCAAUCAGAUGAUGGGAGACAACUCGGCCAAACAAGACCGCAUCAUGAAGAUUGUGCAACGCCAGCAAGAUCCCAUGGAACCGCCCAAACAUAAGAUCAAAAAGGUGCCCCGAGGCCCCGCUUCUCCUCCUCCCCCCGUCAUGCACUCCCCACCAAGAAAAUUGACGGCCGAGGAUCAAGAGGCCUGGAAGAUACCCCCUCCCGUCAGCAAUUGGAAGAAUCCCAAGGGUUACACCGUCCCGCUGGAUAAACGUCUGGCGGCGGAUGGUAGAGGCCUGCAAGAUGUCACCAUCAAUGACAAAUUCGCCCACUUCGCCGAAGGAUUGAAUGUUGCCGACCGACAUGCGCGGGAGGAGGUGCAACAGCGACAGAGGAUGCAGCAACGUCUGGCGGAGAAGGAAAAGGAGCAAAAGGAGGAACAUCUCCGUCAAUUGGCUAUCAAGGCCCGUGCGGACAAGGACGCCGCCAUGGCUGCCAGAUCGGGAGGUCGUCCCCGCUCCCGUUCGGCAUCAACAUCCCGAUCCUCUCGCUCUCAUUCAUCAUCAUCAUCCUCCUCCCGCUCGAGAAGUCGCUCCCGAGAUACUGAAGCCCAACGUCGUGCGCGCGAAGAAGCCCGCGCCCUCCGUCGCAAGGAAGCCCAACGCGAACAACGUCAGAAGAACAUGGGCCACGAACGUCGCGUCCAGAUGAUGGCCCGCGAACAGAACCGCGACGUGUCGGAAAAAGUCGCCCUCGGUCUCGCCAAACCCACACAAUCCAAGGAAGCCAUGUACGACUCCCGCCUCUUCAACCAAUCUUCCGGUUUCGCCGCCGGCUUCAACGAAGAUCAACCUUAUGAUAAGAAACUCUUCGCCGAGCGGGAUGCCUUGAAUAGCAUCUAUCGGCCUUCGGUUGGGGGGGAGGAUGACGACGGAGAGGACGAAGGGGAAAUGGUGGAGAAGAUUCAAGGGGUCAAGAGGUUUGAAUCCCUGGGGAAAGCACCCAAGGAUGGCUUUAAAGGCACCGAGACGAGUGAGAAGAGGAGUGGGCCUGUCAUGUUUGAGAGGGAGAGGAAGGAGGAUCCGUUUGGUGUCGAGGCGAUGAUUAGUGAGGUCGAGAGGGGGGUUCGGGGGAAGAGAGGGGUAGAUGAUGAUGGGGAGGGUGGUGGUGGGGGAGGAAAGAGGGCGAGGGUGGAUGAUGAUGAUGAAUGA